UUGCAGCCCUGGCAUCGUGGAAACGAAUUUUAUGGAGAACAAUGGCUUGACAAAGGAGCAAGCCCAAAAGCUCAUUCUGGUGAAAAGAGUUCCACUAUUUGGGCUCCAGAGAAGGGUCUCGUGAUCAAUGCACUUCCAAGUCCGAAAACACCCUAUGAAAUGGUUUUUUUACAGGUGUAUAAGUUCUAUGGAAGCCAGAGACAUGCGGUGCCUCGUGGAAGUAAUGCAAGUCCCGAAGAAAUCGCCAACGUGAUUGCUUUCCUAGCAGACCGAAAGCUGUCGUCGUACAUUGUAGGACAAAUGAUAGUUGCCGAUGGAGGCACGUCGUUGAUCAUGGGCGCCUACACCUACGACUUCGACAAAGUAUUGUCCUCCUAA